AUGGAGGAGAAAUUCAGUUUGUCGGAGGAGCAAGCGUUUCCUGUACCCCACGUGGCACCCGUCAUGAUGUCUGGGCCCUCCAACCAGACAGGCAGCAACGUACAACAACCACACAGUCCAACCAGACAGGCAGUAACGUACAACCACCGCACAGUCCAACCAGACAGGCAGCCACGUACAACCACCGCACAGUCCAACCAGACAGGCAGCCACGUACAACCACCUCACAGUCCAACCAGACAGGCAGCCACGUACAACCACCUCACAGUCCAACCAGACAGGCAGCCACGUACAACCACCUCACAGUCCAACCAGACAGGCAGCCACGUACAACAACCACACAGUCCAUCCAGACAGGCAGUCACUUACAACCACCACACAGUCCAACCAGACAGGCAGUCACGUACAACCACCGCACAGUCCAACCAGACAGGCAGCCACGUACAACCACCGCACAGUCCAACCAGACAGGCAGCCACGUACAACAACCACACAGUCCAUCCAGACAGGCAGUCACUUACAACCACCACACAGUCCAACCAGACAGGCAGCAACGUAACACAACCACACAGUCCAACCAGACAGGCAGCCACGUACAUCAACCACACAGUCCAACCAGACAGGCAGUCACGUCCAACCACCACACAGUCCAACCAGACAGGCAGUCAUGUACAACCACCACACAGUCCAGCCAGACAGGCAGCAACGUACAACCACCACACAGUCCAACCAGACAAGCAGCAACGUACAACCACCACACAGUCCAACCAGACAGACAGUCACGUACAACAACCACACAGUCCGACCAGACAGACAGUCACGUACAACAACCACACAGUCCGACCAGACAGACAGUCACGUACAACAACCACACAGUCCAAACAUACAGGCAGUCACGCACAACCACCACACAGUCCAACCAUACAGGCAGUCACGUACAACAACCACACAGUCCAGCCAGACAGGCAGUCAUGUACAACCACCACACAGUCCAACAAGACAGGCAGUCACGAACAACAACCACACAGUCCAACCAGACAGGCAGCCACGUACAACCACCACACAGUCCAACCAGACAGGCAGUCACGAACAACAAGCACACAGUCCAACCAGACAAGCAGUCACUCCAACCAGACAGGCAGCUACGUACAACCACCACACAGUCCAACCAGACAGGCAGCCACGUACAACCACCACACAGUCCAACCAGACAGGCAGCCACGUACAACCAUCACACAGUCCGACCCGACUGACAGUCACGUAACCACCACACAGUCCAACCCGACUGACAGUCACGUACAACCACCACACAGUCCAACCAGACAGCCACGUAGAACCACCACACAGUCCAACCCGACUGACAGUCACGUAACCACCACACAGUCCAACCCGACUGACAGUCACGUAACCACCACACAGUCCAACCAGACAGGCAGCAACGUACAACCAUCACACAGUCCAACCAGACAGGCAGCCACGUACAUCAACCACACAGUCCAACCAGACAGGCAGUCACGUACAACCACCACACAGUCCAACCAGACAGGCAGCCACGUACAACCACCACACAGUCAAACCAGACAGGCAGUCACGUACAACCACCGCACAGUCCAACCAGACAGGCAGCAACGUACAACAACCACACAGUCCAACCAUACAGGCAGUCACGUACAACCAACACACAGUCCAACAAGACAGCCAGUCACGUACAACAACCACACAGUCCAACCAGCCAGGCACCCACGUACAACCACCACACAGUACAACCAUACAGGCAGCCACGAACAACCACCAAGACAGGCAGCAACGUACAACCACCACACAGUCAAACCAUACAGGCAGUCACGUACAACCACCACACACUCCAACCAUACAGGCAGCCACGUACAACCACCACACAGGCCAACAAGGCAGACAGUCACGUACAACAACCACACAGUCCGACAAGACAGACAGACACGUACAACAACAACACAGUCCAACCAUACAGGCAGUCACGUACAACAACCACACAGUCCGACCAGACAGACCGUCACGUACAACAACCACACAGUCCAACCAUACAGGCAGACACGUACAACCACCACACAGUCCAACCAUACACCAGACAGGCAGCCACGUACAACCACCACACAGUCACCACACAGUCCAACCAGACAGGCAGCAACGUACAACCAUCACACAGUCCAACCAGACAGGCAGCCACGUACAACAACCACACAGUCCGACCAGACAGACCGUCACGUACAACAACCACACAGUCCAACCAUACCGACAGCUAGACAGGCAGCCGUGCGAAAGCACCACACAGUCCAACCAGACAGGCAGCCACGAACAGCAACCACACAGUCCAACCAGACAGGCAGCUACGUAAAACCACCACACAGUCCAACCAGACAGGCAGCCAUGUACAACAACCACACAGUCCAACCAGACAGGCACCCACGUACAACCACGACACAGUCCAACCAUACAGGCAGCCACGAACAACCCCCACACAGUCCAACCAGGUAG